CCUUCGUUAACCCUGUUUCUCUUCUUAUUUAUGUAUAAUUAAUUAUUCUCCUUCUUGCAUCGAUCGAUUUACAGCAAUAGCAGAUAGAGUACUGUAGAAGACGCGAGUGAAGGAGGAAAAGAAGUAGAAAUUAGCAGGGGAUAUGAAGGUUUUGAAUGCACUUGAUUCAGUCAAAACACAAUGGUAUCACUUCACAGCAAUUAUAAUUGCUGGCAUGUGAUUUUUCACUGAUGCCUAUGAUCUCUUCUGCAUCUCUCUCGUCACUAAGUUGCUCGGCCACAUUUACUACCAUGUGGAUGCCUCUUCAAAGCCUGGUUCUUUACCUCCCAAUGUCUCAGCUGCUGUCAAUGGUGUCGCCUUCUCUGGUACCCUUACAGGACAACUCUUCUUUGGCUGGCUUGGUGACAAAAUAGGCAGGAAGAAAAUCUAUGGCAUGACCCUUAUGCUUAUGUGUAUCUGUUUUAUUGCUUCAGGCCUUUCUUUUGGUAGGGAGCCUGAGACUGUCUUGACCACCCUUUGCUUCUUUCGCUUCUGGCUUAGUUUUGGAAUUGGUGGUGAUUACUCCCUUUCUGCUACUAUUAUGUCUGAAUAUGCCAACAAAAAGACGAGGGGUGCCUUCAUCGCUGCUGUUUUCGCCAUGCAAGGAUUUGGGAUGCUGUGAGGUGGUAUUUUUGCCAACAUUGUUGCUGCUGCAUUCCAGGCUAGUUUCAAGGAACCAACUUAUAAGGUGGAUGUGCUUGGUUCAACAGUUCCUCAAGCAGAUUAUGUGUGGAGAAUUAUAUUGAUGGUUGGGGCUCUUCCUGCUCUUCUCACUUACUACUGGAGUAUGAAGAUGCCUGAAACUGCUCGUUACACUGCUCUUGUAGACAAGAAGGUUCAGCAGGCCACUGUAGAUAUGGAAAAGGUUAUGAAGGUUGAAAUCGGGACAGAGAAAAAAGAGCCUAAAGUUUCUGCAACUAGUGCUGUAAAGUCCAACAACGAAUUUGGUUUAUUCACGAAACAAUUUCUUAGUCGACAUGGACUUCAUUUGCUUGGCACAACCAGCACAUGGUUUCUUCUUGAUAUUGCAUACUACAGCCAAAAUUUGUUCCAAAAAGACAUCUUGAGUGCCAUUGGAUAGAUUCCUGCUGCCAAGACUACGAAUGCAAUUGAAGAUGUUUACAAAAUUGCACGAGCGUAAACUCUUAUCGCUCUCUGCAGUACUGUGCCUGGCUACUGGUUCACAGUGUUCCUCAUUGACAGGAUUGGCAGAUUUACUUUUCAAAUGCUUGUUUUCUCAAUGAUGACAGUGUUUAUGUUUGCUCUGGCCAUUCCUUACAACCACUGGACUCACCCCGACAACCAUAUUAGGUUUGUGGUUCUAUAUUCACUGACCUUCUUCUUUGCCAACUUUGGACCCAACACCACUACAUUUUUCGUGCCAGCUGAAAUUUUCCCUGCUAGAUUGCAGUCGACUUGCCAUGGAAUAUCAGCUGCAUUUGGGAAGUUAGGGGCAAUGGUGGGUGCAUUUGGGUUCCUUUAUUUGGCUCAACCACAAGACAAGACCAAGGCUGAUGCAGGGUAUCCUGCUGGAAUUGGGGUGAGCAAUUCACUCUUUGUCCUUGUUGUAGUCAAUCUUCUGGGAACAUUGUGUACUUUCUUGGUUCCAGAAUCCAAGGGGAAGUCACUGGAAGAGAAAUCAAAGGAAAACGAUGACUCAGAUGAGGCAGGAGCAGAAGUGGACAACCAUUCAUCCGAUACCAGGACACUUCCUGUGAAGCAGUUACUUUUUUCCCUUUUUUCCCUUUUUCAUGUUCUGCCUAGGUUCCUGCAAGAAUGUGUAAGUAAAACCUGUGUAAUUGCGGCAGUUAGGCAGUUCCAUCCAUCAUUUAUAUUAGUUGUCAUAUAUGGACUGUUCACAUGUGUUCAAACAUCUGAGAGAAGCAAAACAAUGUCAACACCAUAUACACUGACAAGCUAA